AACUGCGUUCCGUAUGAGGAAGUAGCUGCGAGAAAUAACAAAAGCACCUUCCAGUCAGCAGUGUCGCUGCUAAAAGCGGCCUUUGUGGGUGAAAAUGAGCAAAAUGCAGCUGCUCCUCGGUCUUUUGAGUUUACUGAGUCCCGCAGCUGAAGCGCUGGACAACGGGCUGGCUCUGAAACCCACCAUGGGCUGGUUGCACUGGGAGAGGUUCAUGUGUAACACGGACUGUGACACAGACCCCGACAACUGCAUCAGCGAGCGUCUGUACAUGCAGAUGGCGGACAUGAUGGUGAAGGAGGGCUGGAAAGAGGCCGGUUACGAGUACGUCUGCAUCGACGACUGUUGGCCGUCCCACGAGCGCGACGCUCAAGGCCGCCUGCAGGCGGACCCCAAAAGAUUCCCGGGAGGCAUCAAAAAGUUAGCCGACUAUGUCCACUCUAAAGGCCUGAAGUUGGGUAUCUAUGCAGAUGUGGGAGAGAAAACCUGCGCUGGAUACCCUGGCAGUCUGGGUUAUUAUGAGACUGAUGCUCAGACGUUCGCAGACUGGGACGUGGACCUGCUUAAGUUCGAUGGCUGUAACUUGAAGUGGACUUUGCUCGGAGACGGCUACAUAAAGAUGUCAAAAGCUUUGAACAAAACUGGAAGAAGUAUCCUGUACUCCUGUGAGUGGCCUUUGUAUGAAUGGCCUUUCCAUACGCCAAACUACACCGCUAUCCGUGAGACCUGCAACCACUGGCGCAACUUCAACGACGUGUUUGACUCGUGGAUUUCGAUCAAAUCUAUCCUGGACUGGACUGCUUCCUAUCAGGACAUCACUGUCCCCUCAGCUGGGCCCGGGGGCUGGAAUGACCCCGAUAUGCUUGUAAUUGGGAACUUUGGCCUGAGUCAUGACCAGCAGGAGUCUCAGAUGGCGUUAUGGGCCAUCAUGGCCGCCCCUCUGCUCAUGUCUAAUGAUCUGCGAGACAUCUGUCCCCGAUCCAAGGAGCUGCUGCAGAACAGACGAAUCAUAGAAAUCAGCCAGGACCCGCUGGGCAAGCAGGGAUAUCGCUCUGCCAAGAGGAAUAGUUUCGAAGUGUGGGAGAGACCUCUAUCUAAAAACCGCCUGGCUGUCGCCAUGCUCAACCUGCAGGAGAUCGGUGGUCCUCGGGGGUUCGCCAUCAGCGGCGUCCCUGGCUGGAAGGUCUGUGACCCCCAGUGCAACGUCACUCUGAUCCUCCCCCAAUACGAAGAGAUGGGAGUUCAGACUAAAGAGAGCAAACUCAUCUUAAAAGUAAACCCUUCAGGAACGGCUCUGCUGACCGUCACACCAAUCAGCAAAGACUUUGGCAGACUUCACUGGAAGGACACCAACUAGAGAAUAUCAAAUUGUUACGCUAAAUCUCAGGUUCAAUCAUCAAGUUUCUAAAAACAUUUUUUCUAGAUCGUUGCUCUACAUGAGUUUGAUUCACCAUAUUGGUAAAGGGCUUUUCCAGCAUCCAGAUCAACUUAAAUUAGCUCAGCUUCAUUGCUUUACACUCAAAAGGUUAUUUGAAACCAAUUUUUGUUUUGUUAAAAAUCAUGGUGGAUAUUUCUGCAGAUUCUCAACCAGCAACUUUUAAACUAAAAUUAUGGGUAAACUUUUAAACUCAGUUUGUGAUGCAUAAUGUAUUUUUUUUAAAAGGGAAAAAAGCUAUUUAACAAAUUCUAUUUCAUAAAAUAUGAUACUCAAA